AUGGCAGUACUACCAGCUAGGACAUUUUGUUGCAGCACCACCCACCACAACAGCUGAGGGGACGCUGGAGGAUAUAUAUCCAUUACAAAAAAUGUUGCAUUCAAACAUAAUACGAAAACAUGUUACCUCCAGGACUUACAAGAUCCUUACUGAUCUGGAGGUUUCUGAUCCUCUCCCAUACUUAGAGAAGUGGGGAAAAAGGAGCUGAGAACAGAAUUGAACGAGCAACAAAAAAAUAAGAUUUAAAUUAAACACAGGUGGUGAUGAACAUGAACACAGUUCAAAUUAAUUAUAAGGCUUAGCAAAAUGGUAUAUCACACUGAGUGUGGCACAUAAACAACGAUUAGAUUUCUCACCAUUAUGUUGGAGAGGGUGUGGGAAUAAAGGAACAAUGGCUCACAUAUGGUGGGAUUGUCUUAAAAUUCAGAAGUUCCGGCAGGAAAUAAUUCAAUAUAUAGGGGAGAUAUCGGGGACAAUGGUACAGAGGGACCUGUGGGCGUGUAUAUUUAAUAACACCGAGACUUCAGUGAAACAAUACAAAAAUAGUGUAUUAUAUCAUUUAAUUAGUGCAGCCAAAAGUCUUAUCCCUAAAUAUUGGUUAGACCAAGAGUCCCCGAACAUAAAGGAGUGGAUAAAGAGAGUCGAAUACAUAUGUAAGAUGGAGGAGUUAUAUCAUGUGGAUAAGGACAAAAUGGAAAAAAAUGAGAGAAGUGUGGAGUUGAUGGUAUCAUUUUAAAUUAUCUGAAAGAUAUUGGGAAGUGGUAGGAGCUUAA